AUGAAAUACUCAAUUGUCCUUGCCGCGCUUACUGCUGCCGUCAGCUCUCUCCCCACCCCUCAAAUUCCGGGAUUCAUUAAUGCCGGACCAUUUUCUCUCCAACUAGAUGCUCCAGAUACUGAACUCCAUGGACAAUAUCUUACCAUCCACCCAACCCCCGCAAACCCAGUAAACGGCAAGACUCUCGCUAUAACUACUACAUCGACGGAGCCCAACCCUCAUUUUGAAAUCACCUAUAACGACCCGAACACUGAUCCAAGAUUCCCUCCCCAUGGCCGACUGAUUUACACCCCUGGCGCUAGACCGGAAGAAUGCAAGUUCUUCCUUUGUCCAAAGGGACCUGUUUCAGCCGGCUAUGACGAAGCUUUCGGACCUAAAGAAUAUGUUAGGAACAACAUGAGAGCCUUGUUCUUCCCACCAGCACCAGCAUCUGCUGCCCCUAGUGCCCCCGCACCACCUACUGAACAGUCGGAAACUAUCAAUGGGGAACCAUUGACAACCUGGAAGGACUUUCAACUAGAUUAUCUUGGAUACCUAACAUUGGAUGGGAUGAGCAAUUGGUGGGCUUGCCCAACUAAUUACCCACAGGGCCAAGAACACACAUAUACUAGUGUUUGGUGGGCUGAUGGAAGCGUCAGCGACGAAAGAUGCACUAGAGUUAAGGUUAAGAGGGCCUAG